CCUGGCAGGACCGCGUAGCUCGCGGGAGGACCAUGGCGUCCCCGGCACUGGCGGCGGCGCUGGCGGUGGCGGCGGCGGCGGAGGGCCCCAACGCGAGCGGCGCCGGUGAGGGGAGCGGCGGCGGGAGCGCCAACGCCUCGGGGACCGCCUGGGGGCCGCCGCCGGGCCAGUACUCGGCGGGCGCUGUGGCCGGGCUGGCGGCCGUGGUGGGCGUCCUCAUCGUCUUCACGGUGGUGGGUAAUGUGCUGGUGGUAAUCGCCGUGCUGACCAGCCGGGCACUACGCGCUCCGCAGAACCUCUUCCUGGUGUCUCUGGCCUCGGCUGACAUUCUGGUGGCCACGCUGGUCAUGCCCUUCUCACUGGCCAACGAGCUCAUGGCCUACUGGUACUUCGGCCAGGUGUGGUGUGGUGUGUACCUGGCGCUCGACGUACUCUUCUGCACCUCGUCCAUCGUGCACCUGUGCGCCAUCAGCCUGGACCGCUACUGGUCGGUGACACAGGCUGUCGAGUACAACCUGAAGCGCACGCCGCGCCGCGUCAAGGCCACCAUCGUGGCCGUGUGGCUCAUCUCGGCCGUCAUCUCCUUCCCGCCGCUCGUCUCGUUCUACCGCCAGCCCGACGGCGCCGCCUACCCGCAGUGUGGCCUCAACGACGAGACCUGGUACAUCCUGUCCUCCUGCAUCGGCUCCUUCUUCGCGCCGUGCCUCAUCAUGGGCCUGGUCUACGCGCGCAUUUACCGCGUAGCCAAGCUGCGUACGCGCACACUUAGCGAGAAGCGCCCUCCCGCCGGCCCCGACGGCGCGUCCCCAACCACGGAGAACGGGCUAGGCAUGGCGGCGGGCGAGAACGGGCACUGUGCGGCCCCGCGCCCCGACGUGGAACCGGAUGAGAGCAGCGCGGCCGAGAGGCGGCGGCGCCGGGGCGCGUUGCGGCGGGGCGGACGGCGGCGCGCGGGCACCGACGUGGGCGCAGGUGGCGCGGACGGGGCCGGGGCAGGCCUGGGAGCCUCAACGUCCGAGUCGGGCACACUGGCUGCGGCGCGGUCCCCAGGCCCCGGCGGGCGCCUGUCGCGCGCCAGCUCGCGCUCUGUCGAGUUCUUCCUGUCGCGGAGGCGCCGGGCACGCAGCAGUGUGUGCCGCCGCAAGGUGGCCCAGGCGCGCGAGAAGCGCUUCACCUUCGUGCUGGCGGUGGUCAUGGGCGUGUUCGUGCUCUGCUGGUUCCCCUUCUUCUUCAGCUACAGCCUGUAUGGCAUCUGCCGUGAGGCCUGCCAGCUGCCCGACCCCCUUUUUAAGUUUUUCUUCUGGAUCGGCUACUGUAACAGCUCGCUCAACCCGGUCAUCUACACCGUCUUCAACCAGGACUUCCGGCGCUCCUUCAAGCACAUCCUCUUCCGACGGAGGAGAAGGGGCUUCAGGCAGUGACCUGCGGCUGCCUUGCCCGGAGCUCCUGAAUAGCUCUGAGCCCUAGCUGGGCAGACGGAUCCCAGCCUCUCCAGAGACCCAGGGACGGACUGACUGGCCUCCAGGACGCAAGGGAGGGUGCAGCAGGGCAGGAGCUGGGUGGGAGAUGGCGAGGCCUCCUCCGGGAGCGGGAAGGAGAAAAGGAAGACCCCUUUGCCUUCCCAGCUCAGCAAGGGGCUGCUUAUUUAGGACUCCCGGCCUGGUUUCAGCUGCUGGGGGCUCUGCUGGGGUGAGGCUGUGAGGUCAGGGUUUUGGAUGGCAGUGAGGGCUGCAACCCCCCAAAACACAGACCACCACUCUGUCCCCAUGUGAACAAAGGGCUGACUUCCCAGGACCCAGGGGCGUGGCAGUUU